AUGUCUGUGCCAAAGAAACGUAGUCACGGAAAGUUAUCACCUUCCACCAAGGACGUAGAUGAUCCUUCGUUGAAGUAUACAAAGGCCGCAUCUAAGUGUGAACAAGUCGCUGAACAUUGGCUUUUGCAGCCAUUGCCGGAACCUGAAUCUCGUUACAGCUUUUGGGUAGUAGUUGUCACUCUGUUAGCCUUUGCUGCUAGAUUUUAUAAGAUCUGGUACCCAAAGGAAGUUGUAUUUGAUGAGGUGCAUUUUGGGAAAUUUGCAUCUUACUAUUUGGAAAGAUCAUAUUUCUUUGAUGUCCACCCUCCAUUUGCUAAGAUGAUGAUUGCUUUCAUUGGUUGGCUGUGCGGUUAUAGCGGCUCCUUCAAGUUCGAUGAGAUUGGAUACAGUUACGAAACUCACCCAGCUCCAUAUAUAGCGUACCGUUCGUUCAACGCAAUACUAGGUACCUUAACUGUCCCAAUUCUGUUUAACACUUUGAAAGAAUUAAAUUUCAAAGCUAUGACUUGUGCAUUCGCAUCUCUCUUGGUUGCAAUUGACACCGCGCACAUCACAGAAACAAGAUUGAUUCUACUGGAUGCCAUUUUGCUUAUUUCUAUUGCUGCUACUAUGUAUUGUUACGUUCGUUUCUACAAAUGCCAACUGCGUCAACCAUUCACAUGGAGUUGGUAUAUUUGGCUACACGGCACUGGUUUGUCCUUGUCAUUUGUUAUUUCCACAAAGUAUGUCGGUGUAAUGACUUAUGCCGCUAUCGGUUUUGCUGUGGUCGCAAACUUAUGGCAAUUAUUGGAUAUUAGAGCGGGAUUGUCUCUAAGAUUGUUUAUGAAACACUUCAGUAAAAGGCUAAACGGUCUAGUUUUGAUCCCGUUUGUCAUUUAUUUGUUUUGGUUUUGGGUGCACUUCACCAUUUUGAAUACUUCAGGUCCAGGCGAUGCAUUUAUGUCUGCUGAAUUUCAAGAAACAUUGCGGGACUCCCCCUUAAGUAUUGACUCCAAGACAGUUAAUUACUUUGACACUAUCACUAUCAAACAUCAGGAUACUGGUGCAUUUUUACAUUCACAUUUGGCACGGUACCCACAACGUUACGAAGAUGGCCGUAUCUCAUCUGCAGGCCAGCAAGUGACUGGUUACGCUCACCCAGACUUUAACAAUCAAUGGGAGGUGUUGCCACCACACGACAGUGGGGUUGGUAAAGGGCAAGCCGUUCUCUUGAACCAACAUAUUAGAUUAAGACAUGUGGCCACUGACACAUAUCUGUUAGCCCAUGAUGUUGCUUCUCCAUUUUACCCUACCAAUGAAGAAGUAACCACCGUAACUUUGGAAGAAGGCGACGGGGAGUUAUAUUCUGAAACGCUUUUUGCAUUUCAACCAUUGAAAAAGUCCGACGAAGGCCAUGUCUUGAAAAGCAAAACUGUUUCCUUCCGUCUUUUCCAUGUUGAUACUUCUGUGGCCCUAUGGACCCACAAUGACGAGUUAUUGCCUGAUUGGGGGUUCCAACAACAAGAAGUCAAUGGUAACAAAAAGGUCACCGAUUCUUCGAAUAACUGGGCUAUCGAAGAAAUUGUUGACUUGGACGAAGAUCGGAAGUUAUAUGUUCCGAAGGUCGUCAAGUCAUUACCGUUCUUGAAGAAAUGGAUCGAAACGCAGAAAUCUAUGUUUGAACAUAACAACAAAUUAUCUUCAGAACAUCCGUUUGCCUCUGAACCAUACAGCUGGCCCGGUAGUUUGAGUGGUGUCUCAUUUUGGACUAACGGUGAUGAGAAGAAACAAAUAUAUUUUAUUGGUAACAUUAUUGGGUGGUGGUUCCAGGUUAUUUCAUUAGCAGUUUUCGUUGGUAUUAUCGUGGCCGAUUUAAUUACAAGACAUCGCGGUUACUAUGCACUAAAUAAAAUAACAAGAGAAAAAUUAUAUGGCCCAUUGAUGUUUUUCUUCAUCUCAUGGUGUUGUCACUACUUUCCAUUCUUCCUGAUGGCUCGUCAAAAGUUUUUGCAUCAUUAUUUACCAGCUCACUUAAUUGCCUGUUUGUUCUCGGGAGCUUUGUGGGAAGUAAUCUUUAGUGAUUGCAAAUCCUUGAACUUGGAAAAAGACGAGGAGAUUUCGGGUACACCGUAUCAAAAGAACCCUAAGGUUUACGUUAAGCCUUAUGCUGUGUUCUUGGUAUGCGUCUCUGCUGCCGCUGCUUGGUUCUUUAUCUACUUCGCGCCAUUGGUCUAUGGGGACGUCAGCUUGUCGCCAUCUGAAGUCGUCUCUAGAGAAUGGUUCGACAUAGAAUUAAACUUUUCGAAGUGA